AUGUUCACUUCUAUUUCUCCAGUAUGUCCAGACGGAUAUGUCGAUGUGAACUGUUCCAAGACGUGUUACCCUGGAUUAUACGGGAAAGAAUGUCUCCAUCCUUGUCCAUCGGAAUGUAAGAACACGUGUCAUCACGUCACAGGAGACUGUCCAGAAACUACCAAUGGAUACCUUAAAAUAUCAACAUCGGUACCUGUCGGAAGUUCAGCGGGAUUGUUAGAUGAAACUAUCUCACAGAAACAGCAGCGGAUGACAAAUGCGGUCAAAGGUGCAUCAAAAGAGUAUAUCCUGCAAGCAGUACAAGGAUACAAAUGACCACUGAACGUGGAUGUCUUUCAUUCUACCCUUCUCUUGCAUCUUCUCCAACAGCUGGACUUCCUGGCGCCCUGACCAAGUUACAUGUAAUAGAAUGGUGAUCUCGCAGCAAAAGAUUUCCAUUGUGCACGCAAGACUCUUCUUACAUUGUAACAAUGACUUACUAGACAUUUUAAACGGCCAAUAAUUUCAACCAAGAGUGGAAAACUGAAUUGAUCUAUUAAAUGUGCAAUUGUGAUUACAAACAAUUUAACAGCAAUGUCGUAAAAACAGAAUUGUACUGAGUACGGCAACGAUUAUACCUCUUAAUUUGUAGAUUCCAUUGAUAGUUUCAAGUAAAUACAAUAGAUACUCAGCACGUAUAGACGAUAUAUUUCUAGUGUACCAGUAUUUGUACAAAUGUUUCUUAAAUACCCAUCAGCAGAAGAGUAUCGCCUUCGAGGAAUAAUAUAUCAGAUUAAAUCUUGUACCAUAAUUUAUGUUUCUUCCGGGGUUUUUUUUUUCAGAAGUUUCACAUGAUGGAUAUGCUUUCAAUUUUCCACAGUAAUAAAACAGCAUGAUAGAUUUAGAAAAAAAUAUCUUGCUGUGGCCUUCCACUCAACAUUUAGAUAUACUGACGAUGUUU